UGAGGUCAAAGUCUGCUGUCAGGCUGACGGAAUCAGCCGGUGCUGCGAGCUCGUCCUUCUCCGCUGUCUCUGGAAAAGCUCCUCUGCUCCGUCUGUCAUGUUCCUCCGGACCGCGGCCCUGCUCCUCCUCUGCGCUUCGCUGGCCAUGUCUGCCACUCUAGUCUACCACCAGACUGAGGCCAAAGAGGAGCAGGACGCUCCUGUUGUGGAGCCUUCGCGACAUGGUGAUGGCGAGGCCCACGGCGCAACAACAAACGCUGCUCCAGAUGCUGAAGCGGGUGAUUUAAAGGAAAAUGAGGUUUUGGGCAAAACAUUUGCAGUGGAUACCGAAGAACAGAAGAGAACAAGUUCAUCCACCAAGGAGGAUCUUACUAAUAAUGCUCCCCCAGAAGAGCAUCGUUCCUCUGAGGAGACCAACGCCAUCAGACCAGUCCAGACUAUCAAGCCCCCAAACAAACCGCCUGCAGAAGAAGAUGCUAACAGCUGGAGCCUCACGUCCAUUAGAAAUAGUUUUCAGACCGUGCACGGAUACUUCGACACCCUGGUGGAGCUGGUUGGAGGACAGAAUGGCGUGUGUCAGUACCGCUGCAGAUACGGAGAACCUCCUCGUCCUCGACCCAACUUCCAGCAACAAGAGCCCAACGGCUGCAACUCCUCCCUGAUGGGAUUCCAGUUUGACGUUGGGAUCCCUGCUAUGACCAAGUGCUGCAACCAGCUGGACUCCUGUUAUGACACCUGCGGGGUGAACAAGUACGACUGCGAUGCCAAGUUUCGCGCCUGUCUGCACGCCAUCUGCUCCGAUCUCAAGAAGAGUCUGGGCUUUGUGUCCAAGGUUCAAGCGUGCGAAUCGAUGGCAGACGCUCUGUACAACACAGUGUGGACUCUGGGCUGCAGGCCUUACAUGAACAGCCAGAGGGCGGCGUGCGUCUGCGAAGGAGAGGAAAGGGACGAGCUGUGAAACCCCAGCAACCAUCACCGUCAUGGACAGUGCAGCCGGAAGCCCGGAGGCGUCUCACAGGAGCCUCCAGAAGAAGACCAGACACAGAACCCUUCCAUCAGAUUUGUUCAUGUUACAUUUUAAGAGAAGUAAUGCUUCUCCAUGUGACUUUAAGGAUCUUAAUUAAUUGCUCAUGCAUAUUUAACUAUCCGUGCUCCUCAAUUCAGGCCAGAAUUCAGGCCUUCUGUGACUCCAUUAGCAUAAAUUACUAAAUGACUCCACAUUGAAUCUCUGAAAGGAGGAUUAAAUUUUCAUUAAUGGACACAAAAGCAGGAAAAAGUUGCACAGAGCUCUUCAGUUCCUAUAAGCCAAUCUAAAAAAAAGCCACAUUCACUACUAUGUCAAUGUUAUUAGUCACUUUUAAUGAACAAACUGCAUCUUAAAUGGCACGAUUACAUUUCGAUUAGCUGCUAAAGUGACGGAGCGUGUGUUAAAUGUGUUUAACGUGUGACGUUCCCCCUCUUCCAUCAUCCAUUACACCCAGAAAAUGAGUCACAUGUUCCACUUUUAUUUUCCAAAUCAGUGAUGGGGCAGAAAGUACGCUGCUCUUUAUGAAUCCUGAAGGCCCGUAAGCUCUAAGCGAGCCUAAGAAGUGGUACAAUGUGCACCUCAGGAAAAGCUCAGAUUGUGCUGCUGUAGCUGGAAAUGAACUGUGGCGCCCUCGUGAUGCUUUUUAAUAGAAACGUCAAUCAUUUUAAUGUCUGUAAAUUGUGCUUUGAGGCACAGAUACACAAACUUGGACGUGCUUGUUCAUCACCAGCAGUAUAAAUAACAGAUGGGGGGGAAGCAGAGUGUGUGUAGUUAUGCCUGUGUGUGAGUGAGGGGGGAUAGUGCAAUGCCUUUAUGUUUUUGGUGUUUUUAAUACCAAAAUAAAGUAAAGGUGGUCA